AUGUCUUUGCUGAAUUACUGGGAUACUCAGCGUCCCGUUAAACGCAGAAGAACCACUGAUACAGUGACCGACCUCGAUAGCAAUGCUAGCGAUAAGCGGCCCUCGAGUCCGAGUCCAUCUACAGGCAUGGUGGAAAUCUCCGUGGAAGAUGAACCAGAGAAACCGCCGAUAAGCAGUCAAACUGAACUGGAAACAUCAUUGCCAGCUAUUCAGACGGAUGACGAAGCUAUUCGAGAAUAUGAGACGUCUCGUCUUGCGACGAAUGAGGAUACAGAACCUGGGCUUCAUGUAAGGUUACGGGAUGGAAUCUGGAAAAAGGGCAAAAGCUCUAUCUAUGUUGAUGCGUUUAAUUUAGCACUGGAGACUGUGCUGGAGGAGGAGUCUCAUUUGUUUAGUGCGGCUGAAAUGGAGGUUUUCACACAGUGGAAGGAACUGUCUUAUGAGUCGCAGUAUCUAUAUGUACGACUCUUCUUGCGGAAGACCUCAGCUUGGCAUCGGGUCAAUCGGCUGGGUUACUAUUCAGACAUAUCAGAUUUGUUUGCAGUAGCUGUUGAUCUCCAGCGCGAUAGAACACUACCCAAAGUGGAAGAUGAAGAUCUCGAAACAUCAGAUCUACGAGAUAGUUUUCGAUUUGCAGAUGGAACGCAGGAGAUGAAGACCUUGGAAGAGGUGUCCUCGCUACUAUUACUUGACGAACUGAAAACCUUUGCAAAAGAAGUCAAAGCGCAGGGCAAAAAUAAGAAAGAGUUGCUGGCAGCUCUAUGUGAGACUAGUCAAACGCAGAGCGGUCUCAAGUUUGAAAACAAUACACAGACAAAAUCUCCUCAGAACAGGGAGGGCCACAUCUUACAGAAGAUUUUGGAUUACACAGGUGAUUGUAUUCGGCUCUCGCCAGGCCUGCGGACUCUUUUUGAGCGCGUACACUUGGUCUUCUACCGAUCAACAGAGUGGACGGAGAAAUCAUUAACAACCAUCAUUCUUGCGAAAAUCUCACGGAGAAACUUUCCCGAAUAUAUUGUCUGUCGAUCAAACGCCAUUUUCCCAUCUAGAACCGCACUCUUGGAAUUUGAAUCUGCCAUCCGGACUCAAUUUGACAUUGACAACAUCUUGGAAUUCAAUGGUCCUCCAUCUACAGAAUCCUUACAAAAUAUCAUCGAUCUGGCAAAUAAAUUUCACCCCAGGUGGCAAGGACUGGUUAAGGAAGAGCAGCAGAAAGAGGACUCCGUUUACGAAAGUGGAGAGGGUGCAUAUCUACGCCGAUUCUCACCAGCAUGGGUCUACACACGUAUUAUCCAUAAGAGUUUACAACCUCUCAGUCGAUUCAAGGAACAUAAACGCGAACAUGAAGUUAUCACCGAGCUUCUCGCUCAACGUCUUUUCCAUGCUGCGCGUCGUGGUGCUUGGUACCAGCGGAAAGCCUUACUAGAGGAACAUUACAUGUGGGCAUUAACAUCAUCGGAGGGUCGAAACGAAGAGAACCAGCGCAAAUUCUGGAAACGAGUUGCAUUACGCACAUGUGAAGAAGGUCUGGAAGAUCAGCUUUGCCAUUUGAUAUACCAUUACGAUCUGCAGAAACGCAUCACGAAGCUUGAGAAGGCGCUUAAGGUUGUUAAGCGGGAGCAGCAUGAUUUUGGUCAUGUUAUGCUUAGCAAACCUGUUGAGAGAACUAUUGAAGGUAUUCGCAUUGACCGAGAUGAACCUGUUAAGAAGGGGAAAGCUACCAUUUGGAUUGAUGAGCGGGAAGGUGGGGAGUGUAGAGUGGAAAGUAUGUGUUUGAGUUGGUAUCGUGAUCAUGGAUGGAAGGGAUAUCAUUCUGAAGGAGGGAUUGUUCGUACUUUGUUCGGAUACCUCUUCUACGAUAUCCUUUUCACCUACGUUCCGAAUGUCUUCCAAACACCCUUCCAGACCUGUCCACUUGAUCUUCAUACGGAUGUUUUCUAUCCUUCUCGAGCAUCAGAGAUAAAUCAUCGACUUGUCGAGAUUACGAAUGGUGAUGCAGAGCGUAUCAUCAGGGAAAUCCAUACCCGCGAAGCAGCUGCGCAACCCUGUGCUAUUGGAAUUGACUGGUCGUUCGAAUUGGAAGAUCUUAUUGAGAUUGUUCAGUAUUUCCGAGGCGAGGCACUGGCUACCAUUUGCAAGGUCAUGGCACAGGAAUAUCAACAGCGUGGUGGUGGAAUUCCUGAUCUUUUUCUUUGGAAUCCUGAGACGAGAACGGUCAUGUUUGCUGAGGUUAAGUCAGAGAAUGAUCGUCUCAGUGAUACUCAGCGGUUAUGGAUUCAUAUACUUCUUGGUGCUGGGGUUCAGGUUGAAUUAUGCAAUGCUGUUGCGAGAGAGGUGAGAACGGAAUGA